AUGGCCGGUGCUUCGAGAGCGAGUCCUUAUUUCUUCCUUGUGGUCACCUCGAUCAUUUUGGGUACCUUCCAGUAUGGUUACCACAUCGCCGCGUUGAACACGCCCGAGAAGGUCGUCCGCUGUCAAACUAUUGAUCUCUCCGGUACCAACGUGAACGCGCACCUCAACCUUCCCAACUGUAUCUCUCUCAAUGACAACCAAUACUCCAUGGUCACCGCUCUCUACAACUUGGGUGGUAUGAUCGGUGCUUUGGCUUCCCAGACUACCGCCGAUCGUUUCGGUCGUCAGAAGUCCACUCUUCUCUACUCCUUCAUCUUCCUCGUCGGUGGAUUCAUCUUCACCUUCGCUACCAACUACGCCAUGAUGGUCGUCGGCCGUCUUAUCCUCGGUGUCGGUGCUGGUUUCGCCGGUGUCAUCGGAUCUCUCUGGCUCAACGAGUCUGCUCCUGCUCACUUGAAGGGUCCCCUUGGUGUUGCUUCCCAGUUGGCUAUUUGCACUGGUAUCUUGCUCGUCAACAUCUUCGGUUUGGCUUUGUCAACCACCUCCCUCUGGCGUAUCAUCUUCUUCAUCGGUCUCAUUUUGGCCUUGACGCAGUUAUGUGUUACCCUUGUCGUCGGCGAGUCUCCCAAGUGGCUCGCUACCUUCGGUCAGGACAUCGAGAAGGCCAAGUACCAGCUCGGUAAGCUCCGGGGUCUUCCGUCUGACCACCCUGAGAUCGAGGCCGAGAUCUACGCUAUGCUCCACAACGAGGAGGCCAAGGAUGCCGAUGAGCCACUUCCCGAGCACGCUGGCAACGCUGCCUUGUUCCCUGCUAUCAAGGAGUCCGCUCCCGUUGACUCUGCUAUGGUUACCCCCGAGGGUUCCAAGCCCGCCUCCGCCUCCGUUUCCCGUGCACCCUCCAUCAUCCACGAGGCCAAGAACGAGAUCUCCGUCGAGAAGCACGACAACACUGAGGUCGAGGACAUCGAGCGCAUUGGUUCCCCUGGACCCCGUACUGCCGCCCGUUCCCACGAGGCCAUUCCCUUCUGGAAGUUCAUCUUCGCUCGCGAGUGGCGCAAGCCCUUCGUUGCUACCCUUUUCGUCAUGUUGGGUCAGCAGUGGUGUGGUAUUAACGCUGUCAACUUCUUCUCUACCAACAUCUUGACUCGUCUAAUGCCCGACAAGGCUCAGGCUCUUUCCAUCACUCUCUCCGCUAUCCAGCUUCUCGCUACCUUCAUCCCCGUUGUCCUCCUCAACCGUGUCGGUCGUCGUACCCUUGAGUUGUGGUCUAUUGGAUCCUACGGUAUCUUCACCAUCGUUCUCGGUAUCGGAUUGAACAUCAACAACGCUGAGGUCCAGAAGGGAUUGGGCAUGUUCGGUUUGAUCAUGCUUAUCAUCUGCUACUCUGGUGGUAUUGGUCCCUUGCCCUUCAUCAUCACCCCCGAGAUCGUCGACAUCCGUGCCGCCGGUGUUGCUCAGUCCCUCGGUCUCAGCAUCUGUUGGUUGUCUGCCUUCGUCAUCGGUUUGAUCUUCUUGCCUAUCCAGGAGGCUAUCGGUGCCAACGUUUGGUUCGUCUUCACUGCAUGCUGUGGUAUCCUCUUCGUUGGAUUCUUCUUGUUCGUCCCUGAGACUUUCAAGAACGGCCGUGUCUUGACUCCUGAGCAGGUUUGGAUUCAGCACGCUCCUGGAUCCCUCUUUGCUAUUGGGCGCAAGAAUAGGUCUGCUCGUGAGGAGAAUGCUCUCUAA